AUGAUGCUGAAAACAACUGAUAAUAUCCAAAAACGUGUCGAGACUGCUGGAUUGCAACGAGCGACGUUGAAUAAAAAGAAAGAAAAGGACGCUGUAUUCAAUUUGUUGGGGUUUCAACAACAGCAACAACAACAGCAACGACGACAACAACAACCACUGGUCAAACCACCCACUUCCUAUGUUCCAAAGAGCAAUGGCAAUGGCAAAUCGAGAACUUCAAAGGCUAGACUGAAGCCGCCUCCAUAUUAUCCACCCAAAUCCAAGAAACGCCCACGGCAAACCUUGGAAGACUUGUUGCGAGCCAAUGACAGGGUCAAGCCUAUUACACCUCCCAUGAUCCCAAAGGUCUUUUUGAUGGACAUGGGGAAAAAGAGGAAAAAGCAUCCAACGGUUACCGAUCAAUUUGAAAAUGCUGUGGAACCAAAACAAUACCUCGAAUAUGACAGACGAGAAAAUGAAGAGUUUUUGAUGAUGAGUCCAGUCUCCUCCGCACCCAAAGUUGGAAGUAACCUGCCCCCUGUAUCCAAAUAUCAGUUGCUCCUAGAGAAACAGGCCGAAGAAAGAAGGAAAAGUCUAGCAAGGUUAACAGCUUCCAGGUUAAAAGGACAGCUAUUUUCAGCCGUUCGCCCAGACAAUGAUGUGAACAAAAAGAGAUCCAGCGCUGCUGCUAACAAAGCAUCCAAAAAUUCUUUCUCCAAUACAAAGAAAUCGAACGGUGGAAUCUAUGAUGAUGUUGAGAUACCGACGAGUGAAGCCAAAAGACUCGCAGCUAGCAAAAUCCGAGCAGCAUCGAGGCAACCACCCCCAAAGGUGUCCAUUUAUAGUCCAUCCGCACAUUUUGCCAUUACUAUACCAUUGCACACGGCAGUGAAUGCCAAUACGGAACGAAUACCGGCCUUUUCUCCUGGAGUGGGACCACAUCAACAACGACGGCAACAACAACAGAAUCGCGUUGGCCCCAUAAAGUACGAAGACUUUCUUCCUCCGAAAGCAUGGCAAGAGAUUAAGAACGCUCCUGAAAUGCCACCCGUGGGGCCAGAUAUCCAAAAACUUGAUCCCAUCUUGCACGUCGGUCCACAUGAUGUCUUGUAUGGACGAGGAGGCUUUACCGGUAUAAAUCCGGGAAAUAAAAGGCUGCGGGAUUUGGUGGCAAAGUUUCGGAUGGCCUACUUUGCAGCCCCCAAGGGAGUCAAGGGAGAUUUGUCCAAAAAGGUUUUGAACUACAUUCGGUCCAAAGGAGGAAAGUUCCUAGGCAAGGAUGAUCGGACGUCUGCCUUGUGGUACGAGGUUGGAGAUGAAAAAGCCUUUGGUAAAUGUUCGCAGGCAUUGCGAGAUGGAAUACAAGAUCUUAUCAAGCAAGCAGACUGA